AUGAACACCUCGUCCAAGGUGAGUGACCUGGUGGUUGCGACACCCUCCCCUUCGGCGGCGGAGAGGUCGUAUGCAACGAUGGCGGGCACCACCCUCGCCUCCCGCAACCGCGCGCUCGUUGUGCAGCACAGGAAGGAAACCGCAAAGGCCACUGUGAGGGAGGUGGAUGUCGUGCAUCGAGGCCUCAAGCGGCUGGAAACACGCAUGCAUGAGCUGGAGUCACGUGUACAGUAUGUGAACCCGUGGGUGGUGCAAUACAUGUGGGAGAUGCUGUGCGAAUUGCGGGAUAAGAUUGGGGUGAAGUAUAGUCAGCAGCGGGAGAAGGCGUGGAUGACGGAGUUGCAGCAGCACGGGCCCCGUUCUCGUGGGGACCAGCCGUUGACAGAGCCAAGGGCGAGGGCGUCGCCAAAGCGAGGCUCCACAGAGACGGCGACAGCGGCGGACAUGAGGACGACGACUUCGCUGGAUGGGAUGCUUUUGACAACCCCCAUGCGCCUCUUCGAGGAUAGCAAUGAGGCCGGUGGUGGCGGCGGCGGCGGCGUGUCCCACGACGACGGGGGCGACAAUCUGGAGACGUCGGUGUCGUCUGAGAGCGACGAGGAAACCGCGUGGUCUCGAGAGAACGGCCUGAUGGCGAGUGAGAUUUGCGCCCAGGGCGGAGCGAGCUUAGUGCGGGGGCCUUCCGGCAGCGACGAUGCGCGUGGAGUAAAGGGUGGGAGACUGCCUGGAAAAAAUGGGCGGUGGCUGGCCCGUUAUCUUGCCGCCGUCGAGGCGCGGUGGGAGGGCUGCCGCGUUGCCCAGGAGGAGCGCAGCGGCAGGAUGGAAGUUGCCCUGGAGGAGAGCACGCAGCGAUCCUUCCUCCUCGCCUCCCUGUCACGCGGUUUGGCGACCGCGCUGCAUCAAAAGGAACUCGCCUUGGCCUCCUCUGCCUCCUCCACCCGUGGGACCGACUACGGCGUGCAACGCGCGGCAGCCCAGCGACGACGGAGGCGGCUCGACGACUUGGAUGUGCCGUCUCCACCGCGCCCCGAACUUCCUGCGGGACUCUCUCCGAUUGCGCCAACCCAGAGCCCUUCUGACUUUUUCUCGCCGCAGCAGGGCGACGGCAGGCGCGGCGGGACUCAGGAACGAAAGCGACCAGCGGAGCGGUGCAUGCGUGACGUCGUGGACGAGGACUCUGACUUUUCGUCGCCCAACGGCCGAGGACAGAGUGGCAGGGGCGAGCGCGAAGUGGCGAUGGUGGCCAGCUCUGUGCUAAAAGCCCCGGGCUUUCUGCGGCAGCUGGUGGAGGAAGUCUCGCGACAGUUGGCUGUGCAGAUCCAGCAAGCCGACAUGACGGGGGCAGCGAAUAUGCCACCAACCGAAUCACUGCCAUCGGCGCUACUCUUAACGGUGCGCGAGGCCGUGAAUGCCAUCGCUGGAGCACACGACGAGGCCCUUUACCACCAAAUACAUGAGUCUCUUGCAGAGGAGCAGCGCCGGCGCGCUUCCAAGGAGGAGCGUCUCUGGCAGCGUGUAGCUGACCAGGAGGGCCAAUGGACACGACUCGCCGCCACGGAACGGCAAGCCGAAGCCGAACUACUUCAAGAGCAUCAAAGACUUAUUGCAGUUGGAAAAGAAGACGCCGAGGCAUGCGGCGAGAUUCGCAGAGAGCUGCUAAAACUCUGUGGAGAGGUGGUUCGGGCCGUCGAGCGUGUGCCCGAUACAUUUGUUGCGCCGCUGCCGACUACUGAAAUUGUUGACCGGGCGGCAGAAGGAAGUGGGGCUGUUCGCAACGACAGGGUGGAGCUGCGACUGGAAACCUUGUCAGCCGCCGUCAAUGGUCUCUACUCGGACGUGGAAUCGCUGCGGAAGAGGUCACAAGGCGAAUUGGCUCCUCAGGCGGAGUGGUGCAAGCUGACGGAGCGACGCAUCACGACUCUGCAGGAGAGCAUGGUUGAUGUACAAGAGGCUGUCGCCAUUGUGGCCCGCAAGUCGCGUGAUGCAGACGAACGCCUUGAUGCAGCCAAAGCGGAAAAGAAGGAGUUAACCACUUGGGAGGAACGACUACAGGGUUUGGAACAACAGAUGGAGGCACUUCCCUCUAUUUUAACCACGGCGCCGCCACCGCCGCCGCUGCCGCCGCCUUUUGACACAGAAACGACUACGGAGAUGAACUUGAUGUCCGUGGAGGACGCAAUGAUGUGUGUCCAGAAGCUUAUUGUUUCCCGUGGCGCGAAUACGGCGGCGGCAACGGAUCCGUAUGUAAAGGCAGUGACGGCGUUGUGUGCCACUUUACAACAAUUGAGUCAUUUGUACAACAUUGGCACAGGCACGUUUGGUGGAAGUCUGCGUCUCAUAUUUGCGAUGCCACCCUUAUCCGUUCCAAGCUCCGUGGCAGGAGCUUGCGAAACCUAUCUACGUGAGCACUCUGCGGCAGAGUUGAAAGAGGCUGUGGAGGCCCUUAACCUCACUCACCAAGUCGCGAGGGUUUUGUGCGACUGCUACUACUGGAUGCAGUCUCACCUCCUUGUGGUGCGUAGUGGAGUUACAGGGGAAACUCCGCAACAGCUGGAGACGAACACCGGCCCGGGUGAAGGUCAGGCGCAAGAGGGAGCAGAAUCGUCGUCAAGGUCCGUUGCGGUGGCUUCACUCCCAAAGACACAGUCGCCUUCUGUCGUUAGUGAUGCAAAGCGCGGGAUGGAGGUUUUGCCGCGGCCACAAGCGGCUUUCUUUGCGCAGGAGAUGGCGCACGCCAGUAGUUAUUCGACCGCGACUCAGACAGAACCCCUUAAAACAGCAAGGCCCUCAACCUUGUCACAGGUUCGCGCCGGCGCCGAGACGAACUCUGAAGCGGCGGAAGAAACUCCCAGGCGGGAGUGUCAGACUGUUGAUUUGGCGGCUCCCACUGCCUUGGAGGCGCUGGCGACAGCCGUCUCCCCGGCGACGGGGGACGCUCAUUGCGGUGUGGUGCAUCAUUUUCACUACCACCACAGCUGCGGCCAAGAGCCAGGGCAUCUACGCACGCCACCGCGCCCUGGAGAGGACGAAAAACAGUGGGGGGCUUCUUCGCAGCCUCAGGCGUCUCACCGCUUCGAGCUACGGUCAGAUGCUGAGGACGGCUGGGACGCACAUGAAACUCGUCUGGGAGCCAGUGCUCGACGCGGUGAACCGUCGUAUCGUGCCGUGAGCUAUCCUGCGGAGCAGGUGGCCCCAGCGGCUGUUCCUCCUCUGAACCGCUCCCACAUCGAUGCUGGGAAAAGGAUUGACCUCAUGGAGGCGCGUACAGUUGCUAAUGGAUACACGUCUGUGGAAUUACCACCUACACCCUCCGCAGUGAAUGAGUGUCUUCCACUGCCCACUGCGGCUUCCUGUUUCAUAGAUCCACAGCAGGCGACACAAGCAGCUAGAGAUGGAGGGUUCUCCUUGAAGAAUCCUCAGCCUUUUUACACCGCCGUGACACGACCAAGACGGCAUUCACAGUGUAGUAUCAAUAAGAAUAAUAGUGACGGUUCUGCACGUGCGAGGGGUGCGCCCUUUGCCCCUCAUUUAGCCGGAGAUGAACACCCUAACGGGAUGCGCCGCGCGCUCCGUUGCCAUCCGACUGUGCAUCCCAGCGUUGCAAGAGGUCGGGACGAUGUCCUUACGAGCGUCGUGUCGUCACAUUUACGCCAAAACCCGUGUGCGGACCGAGGCGAUAAAUCAUCGCGAAGGGAGAGAAGUGCCCAGCGGUGA